CCACUCGGGCCCGGGAUGCCUGCGUUUGCUUUCUGCUGGUGUCUGGGGGGGAGAGGGCCGUGGAGCCGCCAGAUUGCCCCUGUCUUUGAGGUUCCCCGUAGGUCGAAGCGGGAAGGGAGAGGGAUGUUUGGACAAGAGGAGCCUUUGAAGCUUCUCUCCUGUCCUCCUCCCCUGCCCAUAAAGCCAUUAGGCUCUGGUGCCAGCCCUAUCUGCGCUCGUCGCCGGCAGCCGAGCCGUGCCUCGCAGACCCCCCGCCCGGGGCGCGGGUCCGUGGCGUGGGGCCCUUCUGGAGGCCGUUUUGGGGAGGGGGCAGCUCAUUUCCGAGCCGAUCCUGCAUUACAAAGGCAGCGGGGCCAGCGCUGCGCUUUGAUGUGUCCCGCCGACUCCCCGCACACCUGCGCCCGCCACGCCACGCCACGGCCCCGCGGGGCACCGGCGCCUCCCGACGCCCCUCAGGGCCGGGCCAGCCCCACACGUCUGCUCACCGGGAGGGGCGCCCCGUCCCGGCGGCCGGCUCUGCGGGGGCUGCCCCACCGCCGCCACCGCCCGCAGCCCACCAUGACCGGGCCGAGGCUGGCCCUCGCCGCCGCGCUCCUCUGCAGCUGCACCUCGCCGGUGGCCGACGCCAACUCCUGGUGGUCUUUGGCCAUGAACCCCAUCCAGAGACCUGAGAUGUACAUCAUCGGCGCUCAGCCGGUGUGCAGCCAGCUGCCGGGGCUCUCCCCUGGGCAGCGCAAGCUCUGCCAGCUCUACCAGGAGCACAUGGUGUUCAUCGGGGAAGGGGCCCGCAGUGCCAUCAAGGAGUGCCAGUACCAGUUUCGGCAGCGGCGGUGGAACUGCAGCACGGUGGACAACACCUCCGUCUUUGGGCGGGUCAUGAAAAUAGGGAGCCGAGAGACUGCUUUCACCUACGCCGUCAGUGCUGCCGGGGUGGUGAACGCGAUCAGCCGGGCUUGCCGUGAAGGAGAGCUCUCCAGCUGCGGCUGCAGCCGGACCGCCCGGCCCAAGGACUUGCCCCGAGACUGGCUGUGGGGUGGCUGCGGGGAUAACGUGGAGUAUGGAUAUCGUUUUGCCAAGGAGUUUGUGGAUGCCAAGGAGAGGGAGAAGAACUACGUGAGAGGUUCAGAGGAGCAGGCUCGAAUGCUGAUGAACUUGCAGAACAACGAGGCUGGUCGCAGGGCUGUGUACAAGCUAGCGGACGUGGCCUGCAAGUGCCACGGUGUGUCGGGCUCCUGCAGCCUCAAGACCUGCUGGCUGCAGCUGGCUGACUUCCGCAAGGUGGGCGACCUGCUGAAGGAGAAGUACGACAGCGCCGCUGCCAUGAGGAUCAGCCGCAAGGGCAAGCUGGAGCUGGUGAACAACCGUUUCAACAUGCCGACGCAAGAGGACCUGGUCUACGUUGACCCCAGCCCGGACUAUUGCCUGCGCAAUGAGACCACUGGCUCGCUGGGCACUCAGGGCCGACUGUGCAACAAGACCUCAGAGGGCAUGGAUGGGUGUGAGCUGAUGUGCUGCGGACGGGGUUAUGACCAGUUCAAGAGUGUCCAGGUGGAGCGUUGCCACUGCAAGUUCCAUUGGUGCUGUUAUGUCAAGUGUAAAAAGUGCACAGAGAUCGUCGACCAGUACGUCUGUAAAUGAAAAGAGCCACCAAAGCAACAAAUCUAUAUUAUAUAAAUCUAUAUAAAUAUAUUUUAUAUUUGUAUAAAUAAACAGAUGAUGAUAAUAAUUAAAGAAGCUUAUUUAAGAGACA